UGGACUGGAGAUAGCUAUUUAUUUUUCAGCAUUUGCUAUCAGUGGAUGGUAUCGCAGGCCAAUCCGCAGUGCAUGUAUUGGGACAGAGACCAUUUGGGAUAGAGAUGGAAAUGGAGCUCCUGGUCUUGGCAGGACUGUUUGGACUGAGCUUGGGUCAGCAUCAUCCUCACAUGAAACCUGGAAGAACCUCCAUCGUUCAUCUUUUUGAGUGGCGCUGGGCAGAUAUUGCUACAGAGUGUGAGAGGUACCUGGCACCAAAAGGCUUUGGAGGAGUUCAGAUCUCUCCUCCCAGCGAGAGCGUUGUGGUAACCAAUCCUUGGCAUCCGUGGUGGCAGAGAUACCAACCCGUCAGCUACAACCUUUGCUCCAGAUCAGGCACUGAGGAGGAGUUGAGGGAUAUGAUCACCCGCUGCAACAAUGUUGGAGUGAACAUCUACGUGGAUGCAGUCAUCAAUCAUAUGUGUGGAACAAGUGCUGGAGAAGGCCAUCACUCUAGCUGUGGCACAUAUUUCGAUGCCAACAAGAAGAAUUUCCCCUCUGUUCCCUUCUCAUCCUGGGACUUCAAUGAUGGCAAAUGUAAAACAGCUAAUGGUGAAAUUGAGAACUACCAUGAUAUUUUUCAGGUGAGAGACUGUCGGCUGGUGAGUCUUCUGGACCUUGCCUUGCAAAAAGAUUAUGUGAGGGGAAAAGUGGCUGAAUAUAUGAACAAACUGAUUGACAUGGGUGUGGCUGGAUUCAGAGUGGAUGCUUGCAAGCACAUGUGGCCUGGUGACCUUAGUGUGGUUUAUGAUAGACUGCACAACCUCAGCACCAAAUGGUUCUCAUCUGGUCUCAAGCCCUUCAUUUACCAAGAGGUUAUUGACUUGGGUGGGGAACCCAUCAAAGCCAGUGAGUACUUUGGUCUUGGAAGGGUGACAGAGUUCAAAUACAGCGUCAAACUGGGCACCGUUGUACGCAAAUGGGAGAAUGAGAAGCUGUGCUAUCUGAAAAGUUGGGGAGAGGGCUGGGCUUUCAUGCCUUCUGAUAAGGCUGUGGUGUUUGUUGACAACCAUGACAACCAAAGAGGCCAUGGAGCUGGAGGAGCUUCUGUCCUCACAUUCUGGGAUGCCAGGCUUUAUAAAAUGGCUAUGGGUAUCAUGCUGGCUCAUCCUUAUGGUGUGACCAGAGUGAUGUCCAGCUACCGUUGGGACCGCAAUUUUGAGAAUGGAAAGGACAAGAAUGACUGGAUGGGUCCACCAAGCCACGGCAAUGGAUCCACCAAGGCUGUGCCCAUCAACCCAGACACCACAUGCGGGGAUGGCUGGGUGUGUGAACACAGAUGGCGCCAGAUCAGGAAUAUGGUGAAGUUCCGUAAUGUUGUCGACGGACAGCCUUUUUCCAACUGGUGGGACAACGGAAAUAAUCAGAUUGCCUUUGGCCGCGGCAGCCGGGGCUUCAUUGUUAUCAACAACGAUGACCGGAACCUGAACGAGGCACUUAGCACUGGCCUGCCUGGUGGCAUCUACUGUGAUAUAAUCUCCGGGGAUAAACUCAGCGGUGGGUGCACAGGGAAGCGGAUACAGGUGGACAAAGAUGGACGAGCCAACUUCAACAUCGGCAACUGGGAAGAGGACCCGUUCAUCGCCAUUCAUGUAAACGCUAAACUGUAGAUUUACUUCAACAUCUAAUAAAACCCUGAAGCUCAAAGACAGGAGUGUAAAAAAAUAAAAUAGACGUAAAUCCUUUA